GGUCGGUUUUGGGGAUCCCUGAGGGGACUUUGGAAUAAUUUGGGGAUCCCUUUUGGAUUUUUGAGAUUUCCGGAGAGGCUUGGGAUCCUUGAGGGAUUUUGGAGUGGCUCUGGUGGGGUAGGAGUACUUCAGGACCCUGUUUUUAGGGAGCAGUGCUGGGGCUACCCUCACAACACCGCCACCAGCUUCUCCGACAACUUAUCUUUUCUUCGGGAUAUCCUCGGAUUCGGAGUUUCCCUGGAAUUCUCCUCUGGUUCCCCCACAUGCUGGGGGUCCCUCAAUUUGACCUAACUCCCACAGCCCCCCAGAAUCCAUGGAUUCUCUCCUUUUCCUCUGCGCCCGACGCGUCGUCGCCCACCGUCCUCUUCCCGCCCUUCCCGCCGAUCUCUAUCCCGUCCUUUUCCAAGCGGCAUUUCUGGAUGGAAGACCCCUGAUCCUGCGGGAUUUGGUGGCCUCUUGGCCUUUCCCGGUGCUCCACUUCCAGCGGCUCGUGGGGCGCCGGGAGCUGCUCCGGGAUCAUCCCUGCAAGCUCUGCGUCCAGGCCAUCAUCUUGGCCGUGGUGGCGCAGCUCCGGCGGGAGCUGGAAGAGCCCGGCUGCCAUUCCAGCCUGCGCGUGCUGGACAUGACAGGACUUCCGGAUUCCGCGUCCGGCCGCGCUCCUGACGGGAUGAGCGUCUGGUCCGGCACCGUGGCUUUGGCCAAGGCUUGCGUGGAGGUGUUGAAGCACCAGCAGGAAUUCCUGAGGCGCGGAUCCAAGCGGCACAAAGGUCGCUCCGGAGCCGCCACGGCCUCGGCUGCUCCGAAGCCCCCGGGCGUGGACGUCCACACCGACCUCAAUGUCAUCGGAGCGUCCUACGGGAUCCUGCGCGACGCGCUCCAAACCGGAGCCACCGGCCCGCUGCGACUCAAGUGCCGCGAAUUCCAAGCAGAGGAACUCUCAGCAUCCAGGAUUGUGACUUUAUUGGAAUCUCUGGAUCCAUCCUGUCUGCGGAGGGUGGAUCUGCGCUUCAACAAUUUGGGAUUGUCCGGGCUCUCGGUGAUCCUGCCGCACCUCUCGCGCUUCCCGGAGCUGCGCAGCCUCAAGCUCCAGUACAGCAACAUGGACGUGCGGCGCCUGACGCCGGAAUCGGCCAUCGGAGUCCGCUGCCUGGCCGGGCAGCUGGGAAUGCUGCCCAAACUCCAGGAGCUCAACCUGGGAUCGUCCCGGCUCUCUGGGAAUCUGCGCCAGAUCCUCUGGUGAGUUCUCCAAGGAGCAGGGCUGUCCUGGGCUCUGGAGG